AUGCUAAGUACAAUGAGCUUAUGCGGCAUAACUCUGGAUUUGGAUGGAAUUCUUUCUUCACUGCCGAUGAUGAAAUCUGGGAAGACUACUUUAAGAGAAAGUGGGAGCUUGCUAGAUGAUUUCACAUAUGAUCCCUCAAGUGAUGCAUUUAUUCCAUCAAGUACCCAAGAUCCUUUUCCACCAUCUCCCGAGAACUCUUUCGUGCCAACCUCGACUCAACAACAAUACUCGGAGCCCCGUCCACCUCCAAGAAAACGAGCUAAAACUGAUUCUCAAACUAAGGCUACCUCAUUUGAUCCUAAAGAUAUCCAAGACCUCGUAGAAAAGCUUACAUCAAAUGUGGAGAAGUUUACUCGUGCUAUUGAAUCAAUUGACACAAAAGAGUACAACUGUUGGGAUUUGAUUAAGGAGAUUCCAGACUUAACUUCUGAGGAUCGUUUCAAAGCUCUUGAUUUGCUUAAUACCAAAGCAAAAAAGUCA